CGCGCGACUUCAAUCUACGUUUUCAUUUGUUUUUUUGUUUUCGAUAGUAACGGUGCUGAAUACAAAAUGUUCCGUAGGACUGCGCUAUGGUUGUUGAACGGGAUUUCACUUAUUAUAUGUGUUGAAAGUGUACCGUUCCGAAAAACACCAUUAGGUGAUUUGCAGGGAUAUUAUAUGGAAACACGGGGAGGGAGACAGAUUUCUGCGUUCACAGCCAUCCCUUAUGCAGUACCUCCUGUCGGAGACUUGAGAUUUAGGGCACCAAUACCAAUAGAGGCAUGGGAAGGUACACUAAAUGCUUCGAAAGUCAGUCCCGUUUGUGUCCAAAGAAACCCAUACACACGACAAAAAGAGAUAGUUGGUCAAGAGGACUGCCUUUACCUUAAUAUUUACUCGCCAUUUAUCGGUAAUGACCCUAUACCAGAAGAUGAACUUCUUCCUGUAAUGGUAUUUAUACAUGGCGGCGGUUGGAUGUGUGGUGAUGGUACCACCCAAAUGUACGGCCCCGAGCAUCUACUCGACAAAGAUGUGUUGUUUGUAGCGAUGAAUUAUAGAUUGGGACCUCUUGGUUUCCUGUCGACUCAGGAUGAGCAUUGUCCCGGUAACAAUGGCCUUAAAGAUCAGCAAGAAGCACUUCGGUUCAUACAGAAAACUAUUCGUGCUUUUGGUGGCAACAAUCAAUCGGUCACGAUAUUUGGUGAGAGUGCCGGUGGUGCCAGUGUCAACUAUCACAUGCUAUCGGAAACUAGUACUGGACUUUUUCACAAGGCAAUAUCUGAAUCCGGAACCGCUCUGGUCCCAUGGGCAGAGGCACCACCCGGUGAAGCGAAACGGAACGCCUUCCGUCUUGCUAAGUUCCUCAAUUGCCCACAAUCUCCUUCUGAACGGAUGAUCAAUUGUCUCCGUAAUUUAAACAGCUACGAUAUUAUCAAUACAGAAUUUCAAUUUUAUGAAUGGGACUACGAACCGAUGACGACUUUCAAGGCCGUUAUUGAACCUAAUCUACCAGGCGCUUUCCUGACAAGAAGUCCUCGCCUCCCUCCUUCCACGGAUUUCGUACCUUGGCUCACUGGCCUUAAUAAAGAUGAAGGAUGCUUAAAGUCUGUCUGGAUAACAGCGCAUUCCGAGCGAUAUGAAGAGUUUAUGUCUAGUUUCGACACCAUCGCGCCUAUCACGUUCUAUUAUGAUAAUUCUCCGUAUCCAGGCACAAUCACCAAAACAUUGCGUGACUUGUACUUAGGCAAAGAUGAUGAAGAAGACAAAAAAGGAAUACUCAAGAUUUACACAGACUCAUACUUUGCUUAUCCCGCCGUCGAAUCCGUUGAACAAGCUCUUAACUACAGUAAAAGUCCGGUGUACCUCUAUGAACUUACAUACCGAGGGGCUAACAGCUUCUCUCAGAUUUUCGGUGAUCCCGUAGGAGAUUACGGAGUGUGUCACGCCGACGAACUCAUGUAUCUCUUCCCGAUACACUUUCUCUUACACGAGUUUACUCCUGAAGAUUAUAAAAUUCUUGAUCUUCUUGUCACUCUUUGGACCAACUUUGCAACUUCUGGGAAUCCAAAUACACCUCUUGAAGUUCCAUUCCUUUGGCAGCCAGCAACUAGCGGGAAUAAACUAGAAUAUCUAGACAUCGGAGCGAAGCAAGCUAUGAAGGAUCACCUCGCUUCUAGGUCGCGGUUAUGGAGUGACCUGCCGCUUUGGCAUAAUAUCAAAACACCGAAGAUUAUCGACGAAUUGUAGGAUAUUUAAUUGAAUAUGAUUAUUUUACUAAGGGUGGAUAUGAAAUCAUCAAAUAGGAAUUAGAAAUCGAUUUUGUUUUCGCUUCUAUGGGGAAAGGAAGCAAAAGAAAGUAAUAUCGAUUGUAAGCUUUUAUUUAAUCAAAUGCAACGUUCGCCCACCUUCCACGAAAAUACUAGCCAAGACAAUAUAAUAUUUUACCACUGAAUUUACCAACCGAUAUUACAUUACAAAGUGUUUAUACUAUUAUAUAGGGUUAGUCAUAAGUGACAGAUCAAUAAUGUACUGCCAAGUUUAGUUAAGAUAAAUAAAUGUA